UGCGGGCGGCGACUGUCUCCUGCCCCACCACAUGUGCGGUACAAGAGCGUCUGCUACUGGACCACAACACUGGGCCCCUGUCUACCAUUGUACUCUGCUAUACUACUUUUCCUCUGUUUCAUCAAACAAUUAACAUUAAAGAUGUCAUGGCUAUUUGGUAUGAACCAGCGACCGCAAGACUUCUCACAAUUUGUACCUCCACCGACUGCUGUGGGUGGAGGGGGUGCAGAUGGACCUGGAGACUCUGAUAGUGGCAAGGGCAAGAAUGGUCCUAUGGAAGCCUAUCGUUUUGACUCAGCUGCUCUAGAACGUGCUGCCAAAGCUGCUAAGGAUCUAGAAUCUUCCAAGUAUGCUAAGGAUGCUCUUGAACUAACAAAAAUGCAGGAAGUAACAAAACAGAAGGAACUAUUAGAAGCUGCGAAGGAAAUAGAGUUACGAAUAGAAGGAGCAAAGGCGGAAGGAAAACGAAUUGAACAGGAAGAGAGGCGGAAAACACUGCAAGAACAGUCUAAAUUGGAUCAUCAGAAAGCACAAUACCAAGACCAGCUUGCUCGCAAACGGUAUGAUGACCAGUUGGUCCAGCAGCAGAGGGUGAAUGAUGAAAACAUAAAGAGGCAAGAAGAAUCUGUAGCCAAACAAGAAGCCAUGAGGAAAGCCACCGUUGAACAUGAACUUGAACAGCGGCAUAAGUAUGACAUGAAGCGUUUGGAAGCAGAGAUGGGAAGCAGAGCAAAGAUAGAACGAGAAAACCAAGACUUAACACUCGAACAAAUACGAGUACGUGCAGCUGAGGAUCGGGAAACUACCUUGAAAUCAUUGAUAGAAAAGCGAGAAACUGUCCUGUCAUCUAUAAAAACAGCGGGUACAGCAAUUGGAACUGGCUUAAAUGCCUUCUUGAGUGAGCCAGCCAAGAUUCAGGCAGCAGUUGGGGGAUUAGUUGCUCUUACUGCAGGAUAUUUUGCUGCCAAAGGCUCAUUAGGCAUUAUAUUUAGAUUUGUGGAAGCCAGACUAGCAAAACCUUCUCUGGUUCGUGAGACAUCAAGAUUUAGUCCAUUUGAAGCUUUACGUCAUCCAGUACAAACUAUAAAGAAAAUUCAAAAGAAACCUGAAGAUAUUUUAGAGGGUGUUGUUCUUAAUCCUCGUGUUGAAGAAAGAGUGAGAGACAUUGCCAUAGCGACCAAAAAUACCAAGUACAAUAGAGGCAUGUACCGUAACAUCCUCCUUCAUGGACCACCAGGCACAGGCAAGACCCUCUUUGCCAAGAAACUUGCAAUGCACUCAGGUAUGGACUAUGCUAUAAUGACUGGAGGAGAUAUUGCACUGCUCGGCAGAGAAUCAGUUGGUGCUAUUCACAAGGUAUUUGAUUGGGCAGUAACAUCACGUAAAGGUCUCGUUCUCUUCAUUGAUGAAGCAGAAGGAUUUUUACGCAAACGCCAUGAAAAUAUCAGUGAGGAAUUGCGCAUGGCGAUUAGUGCAUUCCUCUAUCGAACAGGCACCCAAACUGACAAGUUUAUGAUGGUAUUGGCUUCUAACACUCCAGAGGUGCUUGAUUUUGCUGUGGUUGAUCGAGUUCAUGAACCUGUGGAAUUUCCUCUGCCUACCAUGGCAGAGCGAGAACGCCUGGUCAGACUGUAUUUUGAAAAAUAUAUACUAUUACCAGCUUCUGAAGGAAAAAGGAGAUUAAAAGUAGCAGAGUUUGACUACAGUAAAGCUUGCACCACUGUAGCCCAAAUUACUAAGGGUAUGUCUGGCAGAGAGAUCACUAACUUGGCCCUGGACUGGCAGAUGACAACCUAUGCAUCCCUUGAAGGUGUUUUCACAGACGAUAUUAUGCUGCGUCGAGCAAAUGCAGCCGUACAACAUAAGAAACACAAGGUUUCAUGGCGGAGUUCCCAUGAGGAUAAAAAAACAAUGUUCAGCGCUGCUGUCAUAGCUGCUGUAGAAGAAGCAUCUGCUCCUCCAGAAAAAUCUGAAACUGUUAGUUGAGAGAGAGAUGGUAGCCUAGAAAUAAAGUUACCAUUUGUAGAAACUUAAAAUUUUAUUUUGUAUUAUUAUUAUUUGAGUAUUAAACACAUUGUUGUACAGCACUUGAAUUAUUGCCAGCAGGAAUUAGUUAAAUUGAUACAGAUAUUGUAACUAAUACACUUGAGUAUCCGGAAUUCUAUAACCAAUUGUUGGAAAUAACAAAAUUUUGGAAGUAUUUUAAAACUCAAAAUUCCCUCCAAAACUCAUCAGCUGACCUAGCCUAAAUCGGUCAGCUGGUGGUAUGCUUGUACUACCUCCAUUACUUUUUAGUUGCUCAUCAAGCAUUGUGGAUUCUAACCAGGUGUUCUAUCCUUAAAAUGUAUCAGAACAAACACAGAAGUGAUGAUACUGGGUGCAGUAGUGGAUAUACACACACAGAGUAAACCCUCGAAAAUGGUGUGUUGGGCAAACUUAACUUCCUAUGGGGAAAAUGGGGUGGCGAAUUGUGGCCGUUUAUUUUCUCUAUCACAUGAAAUGCAUACCUUUUAAACAUUUACAUAAUGCACAAUUAUGAUAAUAAUAGAGCUAACAUACAAUAAACAAUUAAACAUAUUAAUGAUAAGCAUUAUAAAAUCAUAUUACUGUACUCACCAAUCCAUGGUUAGAUGAUUGUCGUGUAACUAUGAUGACGAUAUCCAAACAUACAAUAGUUUUCCUUUUUUUUUU